UCUUCUAAAACAGCCUGCCAAGUGUAAGACAAGCCUCUGUUCACUCCCCCUGGUUGACCAGAAGGCCUAGCCCAGUGCAGCCCCCACAGGAUUAAAACUGAGGAACCAGCCAAUAGCAGGACCUUCCCCUGGAGCUGUGGGCUAUGAAUGUCCAUUCAUUCCAUCUUUGACCUCGAGAACUUGGCAUUCCCAGCAAGAAAGGGGGUGGCUGGCUCGCCUCCAGUUCACAUAUCCAAAAGAAUUGGCCACUGAAGAAAUAAGCAGGAUCCAGGUAGCCAGAAGCUUCCAUGUUCUGGAAACACCAGACUAGACAACCCUUCUUCAGAAUGAAGUCCGUGGGACUUCUGAGCAUCCUGCUGCUGUCCAUCCUCUUGGUGAACGUCCAGGGGCUACGGCUGAGUGACUGGUUCUUUCCCAGUAAAUGUCCCAGAGUCAGAGAGAAAUGUGAAUUCAAAGAAAGGGACCUGUGCACCAAGACCAAGCCAUGUGAGCGCAAUAAGAAGUGUUGCAUGUUCAGUUGUGGGAAGAAAUGCUUGGACCUCCAACAAGAUGUAUGUCAGUUACCAAAGGACUCGGGCCCCUGCAUGGCUUUCUUUCCCCGCUGGUGGUACAGUCAGGAAAACAACACUUGCUACAACUUCAUCUAUGGUGGCUGCCUGGGAAACAACAACAACUUCCAGACCCAAGCCAUCUGCCAGAAUGCCUGCCAGAAAACAGAGACAUGUCCCAACAUCAGAGUGAAAUGUGAAGUCCAGGAGAGGAGUGAGUGCACCAGGCACAGACACUGCCCGGACAAGAUGAAGUGCUGCCUGUUCAACUGUGGGAAGAAAUGUCUAGACCUCCGAAAAGAUGUGUGCAGCAUGCCAAAGGAAACCGGCCCCUGCAUGGCCUUCAUUCCACGCUGGUGGUACAAUAAAGAAAAAGAUAUCUGCACCCAAUUUAUCUACGGAGGUUGCCAAGGGAACAAUAACAACUUCCAGACGGAAGCUAUCUGCCUGGUCAUCUGUCAGGAGAGUAACUCGUAUCGCUGGCUCGGAUAAGGAGGAGCUGGAACAACCUCCAGGAUUUGAUGCACAAUUCUGCCAGACAGAUACUCUGUGCAGGCUUCUGUUGGCCGAAUUCCAGCUGCCAAGACCCUGGCUGCUCCAAAACUGAACUCCAGGGCCUGCUGCUCCCUCUCCCCACCAACCCCUGCAGCCUGCUCAACUUCCCUUCAAACACAACACCCUUCAUUCCUUGAGCCCUUGCUGGUGUCAGACCCUAUCUCUUCAGCUUUGGGGACUUGGGUUGAUCCCUAUGAUAACAUCAGUUCUCUGUAAUAAAGUGCUCUGUGUGACGUCUGAAC